GCGCAGGGGUGGGGUUCAGCUGUCACAAACGACUCCUCCAGCCUCCCAAACAGUCCAGCGAGCGGAAAAAAAACCUCGGCGGGCUUUUCAAGGAUGAGAGACUGAGGCGCCGUAUCUCUCUCGACAGAGACCCCCAGAGGAAUGGAUCAUCCCGAGCUUGCAGAGGUCAUCCCCGAGCACGAGCCGGAAAGCGAGAGUGAACCGGGCAGCCUGUCUGUCCUGGAGCAGUUGGGUUUGGACCAAAGCUCCGACUUCUCCGACACGUGCGUCCAGCAGCGGCUCGAUGAGCAGAAGGACAGGAUUCGGCGCGAGAUCCGGAAGGAGCUCAAGAUUAAAGAAGGAGCGGAGAACCUCCGACGAGCCACCACAGACAGGAGGAACUUACAGAAUGUGGACAACAUGCUGAAGAACUCGAACCGCCGGCUCGAUGAGCUGCACUCGCAGCUCCAGGACCUCGACGCACACAUUGUGGUCAAGGAUCCAGAGGAACUCACAGACACCCCUCAGUCUCCGGGCACCACGAGCCGCUCGACGGCCAACAAGAGCCGCAUUGCGGCGCUGGACAAACAGCUGAACAUCGAGCUGAAAGUGAAACAGGGAGCCGAGAACAUGAUCCAGAUGUACUCCAACGGCACCACCAAGGACCGUAAGCUGCUGCAGACCGCCCAGCAGAUGCUUCAGGACAGCAAGACCAAAAUCGACAUCAUACGCAUGCAGAUCCGCAAAGCCGUUCAGGCAGAUGAGGUGCAGCUGGACAUUGAAGAAGGACACGGGAAACCAGACCUCAGCAUUUUGGAGCUGCGCAUUGAGGAGCUACGGCACCACUACAGGGUGGAGCACGCCGUGUCUGAGGGCGCCAAGAAUGUCCUGCGGCUACUGGGCUCCAGCAAGACUACGGACAAGAAAGCCAUCCUGGAGGCCCAAACAAAGCUGAGCGAGUCAAGUCAGAGGCUGGACCUUCUCAAACACUCCCUGGAGCAGAGGCUCAACGACCUGCCAGAGGACCAUCCCAAAGGCUGCUUGAUCAAAGAGGAGCUGGUGCUGGCCACUUCACCAGCCUUCAGCUCCCGCCACAGCGCCCCCUAUUUGCACAACCAGUACAACACUCUCAGCAAGCCCUCACCUCUGACAGGCACCUUGCAGGUCCGCCUGUUGGGCUGCAGCGAUUUGCUCGAAGUGGUGCCCGGGAGAUCACGAGGCUCUGGCGUCAGCCUUCCAAGCUACAGCCCUGGGGACAGCCGUACAUCCUUCAUGGGCCGGCCGGGCAAGGGGCUGUACAGCCGGAGUGGCAGCGUCAGCGGGAGAAACCCGCUUAAGAUGGACGAGCUGAGCAGUGAGGUGAGUGCCGUCUUGAAGCUGGAGAACACUGUGGUUGGACAAACAGCCUGGAAGACUGUCGGACCGCAGGUUUGGGACCAGACGUUUACCGUGGAGCUCGAGAGGUCACGCGAGCUGGAGAUUUCAAUUUACUGGAAGGACUACCGCUCGCUGUGCGCCUUAAAGUACCUAAAGCUGGAGGACUUCCUGGACAACCAGAGGCAUGAAAUCCACCUGGACCUGGAGCCGCAGGGGGUGCUGCUGGCAGAGGUGACGUUCUUCAACCCCGUUAUCGAGAGGAUACCAAAGCUUCAGAGACAAAAGAAGAUUUUCUCCAAACAACAAGGGAAGGCUUUUCUUCGAGCCCGGCAGAUGAACAUCGACAUCGCUACCUGGGUGCGAUAUUACGGGGCCAUUCCCACCAGCAGCUCCACCGGCACCUACAGCCCCUCGGCUCAGAUAUACGGGACAAGUAGUGAUGGAAUCCGGCAAGUUUCGUCUCUCAGCUCUGGUGACAUUUCAGUGGAGAAACUGAACCUCGAUGCCGACUCUGCACCACCCAAGAAGAGAUCGGAAUCGGGAAGUUCCCGUGGAGAAGACACUCCCGAGCGGUCCCCGACGAGUGAGAAAGUGACUGUGACUGAACCUACGUCACCGGCGGAGCCCACCCGGAGUCGGACUUCUAAGGCCUCCUCUGAGGGUCCUAGGCAGAAGAAGACCCCCCUGACCCUGCAGGACUUCAGGUUUAUCGCAGUGCUGGGACGAGGACACUUUGGCAAAGUCUUGUUGUCAGAAUACCGAAAAAAUGGAGAACUGUACGCCAUUAAAGCUCUGAAGAAAGGUGACAUUGUGGCUCGGGAUGAAGUUGAAAGCCUGAUGUGUGAGAAGCGCAUCUUCGAGACUGUGAACAGCUCCAAGCACCCCUUCCUGGUAAACUUGUUUGCCUGCUUCCAGACCCCUGAGCACGUCUGCUUUGUGAUGGAGUACACGGCAGGAGGAGACCUCAUGAUGCACAUCCACGCCGAUGUGUUCACUGAGCCCCGAGCUGUGUUCUACUCGGCUUGCGUUGUCCUCGGACUGCAGUUUCUUCACGACCACAAGAUUGUGUACAGAGACCUCAAGCUGGACAACCUGCUGCUGGACACUGAAGGAUACGUCAAGAUAGCGGAUUUUGGCCUCUGUAAAGAAGGAAUGGGUUAUGGAGAUCGGACAAGCACUUUCUGCGGUACCCCUGAAUUCCUGGCCCCCGAAGUGCUGACAGACACCUCCUACACCCGUGCCGUGGACUGGUGGGGUUUAGGGGUCCUCAUUUACGAGAUGCUGGUGGGAGAGUCUCCAUUUCCAGGAGAUGACGAGGAGGAAGUGUUUGACAGCAUUGUCAACGACGAAGUGCGAUAUCCACGCUUUCUGUCAACGGAAGCCAUUGGGAUCAUGCGAAGGCUGCUGAGAAGAAACCCUGAACGCCGUCUUGGCUCGACAGAACGAGAUGCCGAAGACGUUAAGAGGCAGUCUUUCUUUAGGACCAUAGACUGGGAGGGACUGCUGACUAAGAAGAUGAAGCCCCCGUUUAUCCCGGCAAUCAAGUCUCGUGACGACGUCAGCAAUUUCGAUGAGGAGUUCACCUCGGAGAUGCCCCUCCUGACUCCCCCGCGGGAACCUCGCACACUCACCAAAAAGGAGCAGAACAGUUUCAAGGACUUCGACUACGUCUCCGACCUGUGUUAGCACUUGUGGGCUCUCGGGGGGUUUGCCACCGUUGGGAUUUGACAUCCCAGUAGAAACAUUCAGCCUGCCGCCCCGAAAGCCCGGACUGCAUGGAGGCGAAAAAAGAAACCCAACGAAACGGAGCUGGCGUGGGAGGCAAAUAUGAGGCAAGGCAAUGGAUAGACGCAGGACAGAUUUGAUUUUUUUUUGUUUUUUCUGCCUUUUUAAAAUUUUUAUUACAAGAGAGUUUUUAGUCGAUUUUUGCUUUCAUUUUACCUGCCUACCUACCUACAGUACUGACUGACUGACCUACGUUACGAUUUGGCGUUGAGCACCCUCGGGCUCUUUUGGAGCUCUUGUGGGUUUCGAACUCGCGUUGCAGGAGGAACUGUCUGUCAAUAAAAUGGGUUUAUUAUUAUUAAUA